AUGGAUGCCGCCGCUCGAAACAAGAAGCUGCCGUGCCGACGGAAGAGAAUCUAUCACAUUCCGUCCAAAAGGCCGCCGCCACUUUUGCUGGAGGAUCAGACAAAAAAGCUUCACAAAGACAUGAAGAAGAGCACGGAGGCUGAUUUAGCCAUGUCGAAAGCGGCAGUGAAGAUCUGCGCUGACCUUCUGAGUAACCCGCUUUGCGAGCAGGACCAGGCCUUCCUCGAAUCCAUGACAGCUUUGGACACAGCAAUGAAGACCAUGGACUCCUUCAACCAGGAGAAGGUCAACCAGAUUCAGAAGACUGUUAUCGACCCUCUGAAAAAGUAUAGCGGCGUUUUCCCCAGUCUCAACAUGGCCGUGAAACGCCGCGAGCAGACUCUGCAGGACUACAAGCGUUUGCAGUCCAAAGUGGAGAAGUACGAGGAGAAAGAGAAAACCGGGCCCGCUAUGGUCAAACUGCACCAGGCCCGAGAGGAGCUGCGACCAGUCAGGGAAGACUUUGAGGCCAAGAACAAGCAGCUAUUGGACGAAAUGCCUAAGUUUUACCAGAGCCGCAUCGACUACUUCCAGCCUAGCUUCGAGGCUCUGAUUCGGGCGCAGGUGGUGUAUUUCACAGAAAUGUACAAGGUCUUCAGCGAGCUGACGGAUCAGAUCGACCAGGCUGGCCUGACGGACGAGCAGAGGCAGCGGGAGAGCGAGGCCAAGCUCAACGAGCUGCGCGCCCUCUCCAUCGUGGCCGACGACUGA